UAAUGACAUGCAGUAGCCAGCUAAAAUAAUGUGCUAGCACCGAGAGAGCUUUCAGCCUAGUUAGCCAGUCUGUCCACGUCCACUUCACGUAAAAAAAAGCUAAACUGUAAUGACUCUGGGUGCAAAAAUAUACUUCAGUGUUUUAUUUGAAUUGGCUGAUUCCGAUUGAUGCAACGUCAUAGCCAUGUACUUAAUAGUUACUUAGCUAGCUACCCAUCCUGCGAAGUUUCUUCUUUUUGAUGAGCUCUUGUCAUUGUCACCACCACUUUGUAACAGAACAGGCGGCUAACUAGCUAGGCAUCAGUCCACGCAGCUAACGUUACGGUGCUAUCAUAAUCAUUUAGCUAACUGGAGCUAUUGCAUUAAUUCAAAGACCAUGUCUGAUUUGGUAAUUUUGUCGUGGGUUGUCUUUCUUAUAAUAUUCAGUGUGUUAGUAACGCUCAUCUCCUAUGUACUGUACUCUGGAUUGUUUUCCCACAUCAACAUCCGGACUGGGUCGCCCCCAAUUAAGAAUGUUACAAUUGCCUACAAAUACAAACAGGGACCAUACAAAGAAUGUGGAACACUUUUCACCGAAAGUUCCAGUAUCGGGCCGAAACUAUGCAGCAUCGGCGUGUUCUACGAUGACCCCAAACAGGUCCCGAGUGAGCAGUGCCGUUACGCGGUUGGCAGCAUCCUGUGUGAGGGAGAUGGACAGCCAUGCCAGGAGCUUCUGCAUCUUUACCAGAAAUCUGGCUUCCGUGUCUUCUCCUUCCCAGAGGUCACGCAUGUGGUCAAAGCCUCCUUCCCCCAUAGGACUCCCCUGUCCGUCUUCCUGGGGGUGCAGAGGGUCUACCCCAAAAUUGACUGCUACAUCAAGGAGCGGAAGCUCUGUGCCCACCCCUUCAUUGAGAUCUACCAGGGCAGCACCAUCCAUUUCAUGGGCCCCCUGGCACGCCAGAGCGACUUCUACAUCCCCGAACUGCAGGAGGACAGCGAGGAUUCAGAGGAGGAGGACAGGAGGACGGACGUCACAGGUGCAGGCUCCAACAGCGAAACGAGCUCCAUGAGUCACAUGAUGUCAGGCAGUCGUGAGUCAUCCCUGGCCCGGUCCUCAGUGCCUACACUAACUCACCGGCCACAGAGAAGUGACAGAGACCACUGGAGCGACAGGAGCUCCAACCAAUCCUCCUCAUCGUUUGAGGACCUGGAUUUGGAGCUGGUGGAGAAUCAGGAGGAGACCGCAGCUAAGGUCCCAUGCAGCAAGCCCUUGGACGUCACCCCAGAGGAGCGAGAGGCAGUGGCUGAGGGUGAGGAGUAAAACUAAAAUGGUGGGGCUGUUUUUAUCCGAGGCUUGAAUUAUCUACAGACAUUCUGACAAGUAAUACUGCGUUGAAAUACUAAGGAAAGGUGGUUGCUGUUUGGUGGCCAGUUAACACAACCAUUCUCAGUGCAAUAUUGUGCCCCUGUUGCCUGGAACUAGUUCUUAACCAUGCCAGGGGCAGACUGUACAGUACUACGGUACAUAGCCUAAGUAUCUGUAAUAUCACUCAAGGAGAGUGGAUGCAGUUGGCAGGGUAUUCUCUGCCACAUCAUGCAAGCAGGUAUGCAGUGCUCUGCUUCAGCACAUGUACUGUGUGACUCAGCUGGUGAGCUCCAAAAAUAAAUGGCAACAGUGAUUGUAUAGUGAGAGUGAAAUAUAUUAACUAGCUAGUUUACUCAACAUAUUGGCUAAUGAUAAAAUGGUGAGUAAGCUAGUUUUGUAGCUAACUAGUUUUAUUUUCACUUCAUUAGCCAGCUAAAUCACUAGCUAGCUUACUGGAAAAAAGUUGAACUUCUUGAUGAUAGCAACCAUGCCAUCAUCAUUUUUCAUUUUAUUUUAUUUUUUGCCAAACAGCUAAAGGCUUGGGCUUCUAGCUAGCUGUGGAAUUUUGUUUUGUUUUGUUUUGUGCAAGCGACUAAAAAGAAGUCAUAGCUAGCUUACCAAAAGAAAAAGCUAGACAGUAUCUAUAGCUGCCUGUUCACUAUUACUAGAAACUAACCAUUAAUACUUGAUUGGCUUUAUUAUCCACUUUAUUUCCAUUAUACUUCACUACAACAAAACACAAGACCUACUGUCACCAAUUUACUGUGUGUCACCUACUUAAUCCAGGAUAGCUAACAUAGCAUAAGAUACAGAUGGGUUCAUCUGUAUAAUGUCCCUAUAGCAGUGUUUUCUGACCAUUGAGAUGUGUUUAGCCAUGUUUUUGAAUUUACUGACAGGUACCAUUGUUAUAGCUCAGUCAUCAGCGACCCAAGAAAGCAGACAUUCUCCUUAUUAGUCUGACAGUGGAAAAUGUUGCUCACAUGAAAAUUACAAAGCCUUUGUAUUUUGCACAUUUUCUUUUUAGUUUUACUUCUAUUAUCUCCAUUUAUCAAUUCAUAACAUAAAAAAAGUAGUUUAAUGGUUAUUUGAGUGUCUAAUUUUGAAUAAAAUGUGUACUAAUUUUGAAUAAAAUGUGUAAAAUGUGUACAUUCUUUUGGAUUUCAUUGAUAAUCUUUAUAUACUGUACUGUGUAGGCAAUAUACUAAAAAUAUCCCAUACUAUCUUUUGGAUACUACACACUAUACUGUGUAUAUCAUGGAAGAGGGAUGUUACUCAGGAUUAUAUUUAGCUCUUUAAUGGCAAUUACAUUUUUUUGGCUUCAAGAAAUACUUGUGCUGUUUUUUCGUUCACAUAUUCUGAUGUAUGUUCAUUUAAUACCGGUUACAGAUUUUGGUGGGAUAUUAGACUCACUUCACAACAUUGAUACUUUCAAACAAAGCAAUGAUUGUAUUACAAGACCAAUCGUCAUUCAGUUACAUAAGGACUGUAUGGUUACCGUUUACCUUUUGUAGUGUUUUUGCAUCAUCUGCAUAUUUAAUCUGUGAUAGAAACAUACAUUUAUUUCUAUAUAAAAUUAUAUAUGUUAGAUGUACAGUCACUAAAUUCAUUGGCAAAGAAUCUUCCUUUUUGGUUCCUUCACAUAUUAGUUUUUAUUGUUGCAUCUAUAAGACAUUGUUGUAAUUCUACAUUAUAUCUACUAAACAAAUACAGUAUGGAUCUUUCUGAGUGAUGUCCAUGCUUACUUGACAAGCCAUUGAGUGUUGGAAUGUUCAGUGGAACAUGUGAUAUACUGUUUCCCUUUGUUUGUUGAUUCAUAUUUGAAUGUCCUGCCAUGUUUUGAUGUUUUCAUUGUCAGUGUUGACAGAUUGAUAUAAAGGGUAGGAUGCCUUUGUAAGUUUAAU